GGGCGGUGCUCUUCACAAGAACCAUGGCGGCAUGCCGUUUUCGGAGGAGCAUUGCUGCUCAGCUGUCCCGUAUUCUAGAGAUGCCACCAGAAAACUUAGUAAAAUCCAUCUGUGCUGUUCCAGUGACAAAAAAGGGGCAGGCUGCUGAUUUCCAAUUCUUUGUGAGUUCUGUGAUAGAUGCUAACUCUAGUGAUGACUCAAGGCCCGAUAUUCAGCUUCAAACCCAGAGGCUGGCAAAGGAGCUAAAAUGUGAUGCAGUUGUGAGCGAAAUCAACACAGGGGAAGGAACAGUAAACUUCACAAUAAAUCGAGAAUUAUUAGCAAAGACAGUGUUGCAGCAAGUGUUUGAGGAUGGUUCCCAAUAUGGAAUAAAAAGUGAACUUUUCUCAGGAUUGCCAAAAAGAAAAAUUCUAAUUGAGUUUAGUUCACCCAACAUUGCAAAGAAGUUUCAUGUAGGCCAUUUGCGUUCUACUAUAAUAGGAAAUUACAUAGCAAAUCUCUCAGAAGCAAUUGGACAUCAUGUUACGAGAAUGAAUUAUCUUGGAGAUUGGGGCAUGCAGUUCGGUCUGUUGGGAGCCGGCUUCCAGCGGUUUGGCUCUGAAGAAAAACUAAAAUCUAAUCCUUUACAGCAUCUUUUUGAGGUCUAUGUACAAGUCAACAAAGCAUCAGAAGAGGACGAAAAUAUUAAGAAGCUGGCACAAGAUUUCUUUAGAAAACUGGAGGCACAUGAAGAACAAGCAGUGUCCUUGUGGCAACAUUUCAGAGAUGUCAGCAUUGAAGAGUAUAUCCGCACAUACAAGCGCCUGGGAGUCUGCUUUGAUGAAUAUUCUGGAGAAUCAUUCUAUCAAGAGAAAAGCCAGGAAAUUUUAAAAAUGUUGGACUCGAAAGGACUCCUUAAGAAAACAAAGGAAGGAACAGGAAUAGUUUAUCUUUCUGAAAAAGGAAGCCCGUUGGCUGUGAUGCGUAGUGAUGGAACGUCGCUCUACCUAACAAGAGAUCUUGCUGCUGCUAUAGACCGAAUGGAUAAAUGCAAUCCUGACACCAUGAUAUAUGUGACAGAUAAAAGCCAGAUCUCUCAUUUUCAACAAGUUUUCCAAAUACUGAAGUUACUGGGUUACGAAUGGACAGAAAGGUGUCAGCAUGUGCCAUUUGGGCGAGUUCAAGGGAUGAAGACGCGGAAAGGAGAGGUGGUUUUCCUAGAAGAUGUCCUGGAUGAAGCUUGCUCCAUGGUCUUAGAAAAAAGUGCUUCUGCAAAAACAACCAAAGAGUGUGAAGAUCCUCUUGAGACCGCUGAAAGGAUUGGGCUCGCGGCACUUAUCGUUCAGGACUUCAAGGGUCUGUUAUCGUCUGAUUAUCAGUUUAGCUGGGAUCGUGUGCUCCAAAGCCGAGGUGACACUGGCGUCUUCCUACAAUACACGCAUGCCAGGCUGCACAGUUUAGAAGAGAUGUGUGGAAGGAUCGAUCAAGUGUCUCAUAUGAACCCCGCAUGUUUACAAGACCCACAGGCUAUUUCCUUAAUUCAACACCUUCUCAGGUACGAUGAGAUUCUUUGCCAAUCUUCGCAAGAUCAUCAGCCCAAGCAUAUUGUGAACUAUCUCCUAAAACUCAGCCAUUUAGCAGCUGCGGCUCAUAAAAUGCUCCCCGUGAAAGGCAGUGUUCCGGAACUAGCUGAGGCAAGGCUCUGUCUGUUCCAGGCUGUUCGCUCCAUCCUGGCCAAUGGAAUGAAACUUCUAGGAAUCACACCGGUCAACAGAAUGUAACAGGAAGAGUUUCUUCUUCAAGGCCUAUUGUAAAAUACUUUUGUCCCAUAAACUA